AUGAAGUUGACCAGUCUUCUUCUCGCUACCGCUACAUGCUUGGCAUACCUUGCUCCACUUGCCAGAGCGGCGAACGAAGCAAUUUCCCAUGCGGGUGCUGCCCAGGACGCCACAUCAUUUGCAAUCCAGUAUGCAUAUCCAAUAUCUCAAUGGCAACAAGCUGUGACGAACAUCUUGGAUGCUGUCGAUAGACCAAAUACUCUAUGGCCGUAUCAUACACUUUCCGGCCCUCUAAAUCGCACGAUAGUCGGCCCGAAUGCAGACACGCUGUAUAUCUGGGUGGCUAUCGACUUAUCGCAUGAAGACCUCGUCUUAACCAUUCCCAAUAUCAGCGAUGGAAGAAACUGGAUAUGGCCCUUCUAUGACAUUUAUGGCAACAAUUUUGCUGGGCUAUCAAUCAACGAGAACUCACCACCGGGGGACUAUUUGAUUAGACGUGCAGACGAUGCUCUCGUUCAACCAGGGAUUGAAUACACUACUCCGACCGAAUCAUCCCGCUACGAAGGCGUGAUAUCUUAUGCUACAACCUAUGGUAUAAUGCUUGGUCGUAUACUCGUCCGUCAAAACACCACGGAAGAUAUUGCGACUAUACGCAGCUAUCAAGAUCAGACAUUCCUCAAAACAACUCUUCGCAAUAUAUCUCAGCCUUUCACAGCACAAGCACCUAGACUGUCGCGCGAUCUCAUUGACACUUCGAACGCCACCGACAGAGUCACGGGCUACCUAGAACUGCUGGCCAAGAUUGGGCAGUUCAACCAACCUGACGUAAUCUCAGACCGGUACCAAGUAGCGUCCAAACUUGGGCUUGCUGGCAUCGCAGAUGGGAUCUACUCUCCACCUCGCACGGUCAACCUGACUGCCGCGAUUAUUGCAGCGAACGCCAGUAUCUCAGCAGCUUACUCCCAAAACCUAAUCGAUGUCGGCAACAACUGGGUAAUCCCCAAAGUAAAUUGCCAAGGCAUCUUCGGCGUUGAAUACGGCUGUCGUGCAUACCGCGCACUCCGCGGUUAUCUGGGCCUGGUACAGUCCGAAAACCUCUUCAUCACAAACAAAUCCGACAAUUUGAUUUUGAGCCCGACGUCGGCCUUUCUCUUCACCUUCUUUGGCAAGCCCCCGAUCAAGUCGACCGGGUUCUGGAGUUUGACCGUGUAUGGAGCGGACCAGUAUCUAGUGCCCAAUGAGCUGGGUAGAUACGUCAUCGGCGACCGAAGCACGCAGCUGAAGUACGAGGAUGGAGGCUUAGUGUAUGGUGAUGAUGGAACGAAUCCCACGAACGAGACUCCGGAUGGGAGAUUUCAGGUCCUACUGCAACCUGCUGAUAUUCCACCACCGGAUAACUGGACUAGCAACUGGCUUCCUGCCCCAGCGGGUGGUGGUAAGCUUCUGUACUCAGUACGGUUCUACUCACCAGCAGAGGCCUUCACUAAUGGCGAAUACGUGUUUCCAACUGUUGAAACCAUUGAUGCAAUUGGGGUUUGA